UCGCGCCGGUUCUUGUUCGAAUUGCGAAAUCAAGUUUAGUGCAUGUUAGUAAACAUCGCACUCCUGUGUUUUUAUUAUUUUGCUUCAAUCUUCAAUUCAGUAGCUUAAAGAUUUCUUCGAUUGUCAUUUAAAGAAAUUUAAUAUCCAGGAAUCCAUCAGUUGACAAUUUCGUAUCAUGAAUUUUCAAGACGUAAAAAAAAAUAGCAAAGAGCGCCUCAUCGCCUCUCACAGUCAUGUUAAAGGUUUGGGUUUAGAUGAAAAUGGAUAUGCCGUUGAUUUUGCCUGUGGCUUGGUCGGUCAAAAGAACGCACGGGAGGCAGCUGGAUUAAUUGUCGAUUUAGUCAAAGCCAAAAAGAUGUCUGGCCGUGCAUUGCUGAUAGGAGGCCCACCUUCAUCUGGAAAGACUGUUAUUGCUUUGGCCAUGUCGAUGGAGUUAGGAUCAAAAGUUCCUUUUUGCCAAAUGGUGGGAAGUGAAGUAUAUUCUUCAGAAAUAAAGAAAACUGAAGUUUUAAUGGAAAACUUUCGACGAGCAAUUGGGUUACGUAUAAAGGAAUUAAAAGAGAUUUAUGAAGGUGAAGUAACUGAAAUCACUCCUAUUGAAAGUGAAAAUCCUUUGUGUGGGUAUGGUAAAACUGUUACCCAAGUUACUGUUGGGUUAAAAACUGCUAGAGGUGCCAGGAAAUUAAAUCUGGAUCCUGCAAUGUAUGAAAGCUUUCAGAAGGAGAAGAUUAAUACUGGUGAUGUUAUAUACAUUGAAGUAAAUAGUGGAUCUGUUAAGAGACAAGGAAGAUGUGAUGCUUAUGCCACAGAGUAUGAUUUAGAGGCAGAAGAAUAUGUUCCAUUGCCAAAAGGGGAUGUACAUAAGAAAAAGGAUGUAGUGCAGGAUAUAACACUUCAUGAUUUGGAUAGUGCAAAUGCUAAACCCCAAGGUGGUCAAGAUAUUCUUUCUGUUUUGAAUAUGCUUAUCAAACCAAAGAAAACUGAAAUUACUGAUAAGUUACGUAAAGAAAUAAACAAAGCUGUGAACAAAUAUAUUGAUCAAGGAGUUGCUGAGUUGAUUCCUGGAGUAUUGUUCAUUGAUGAAGUUCAUAUGUUGGACAUUGAAUGCUUUAGUUAUUUGAACAGAGCUUUAGAGUCAACUAUUGCUCCUAUUGUAGUGUUUGCUACCAAUCGUGGGAUUUGUCCUAUCAGAGGUGCUGAGGACAUUGUUUCUCCUCAUGGUAUUCCAGUUGACUUUUUGAACCGAUUAAUGCUGAUUCGUACUUCACACUUCUCUAAUCUUGAAAGAAUGCAGAUAUUAAAGUUACGUGCUGAUACUGAGGGUGUCCAAUUGGAUGGAGAAUGUCUUGUGCAUCUGGGAGAAAUAGCUAGGAACACAACUAUUAGAUUUGCCAUGCAGUUAUUGACUCCUGCCAGAAUACUGGCUAGAGUAGAUAGACGUUCUUGUAUCAGGAAAGCAGAUGUUUUGGAAGUAAGUGCAAUAUUCAAACAUUCCAAAGCUUCAGCAAAAAUGUUACAAGCUGCGGGUGAUAAAUUCCUUAAAUAAGUUUUGUGUUUAAAUUUAUCAUUCCAUUAUUGCAUUAUGCUUCAUUUAAAAAAAAAUUUCUUUAUCUCAUGUAAAUCAUCACAAUGUUUUCCUUUUCCUAGGAAUCAUUGCUCUGUAAAUAGCUUUAAGGCCUGUAUUUUUAUAUUUGAGAUUUUUCAAAUA